UAUGGAACCAUAUCGACAUUGAAAUCCACAACUUUACAAUCUGCUGGAAUCACAUCAGGAAAUGCUGCAUUACGUCUUCUAUUUAGACAAACUGAAUCGACACUAGAUGAUGUUCAAAAGGAUAUUGAAACUCCUCUUCAAACUUAUGAAGUUUUAGAGUCAGUUAAUGCACCUAUAGAAAUAUCAUCAAAAAAUGUACCUGUCAAGACUCUUGAUGAACAAUCGAAGGCGCAAACUGAUACUAUACCCAUACUUGAUAAACAACCAAAGGAGCCGACUAAUACUGUGAAUGUUCCUGAUGAACAACCGAAGAAACAGAUUGAUACUGUGAAUGUUCCUGAUGAACAACCGAAGAAACAGAUUGAUACUGUGAAUGUUCCUGACGAACAGUCGGAUAUGCAAAUUGAUACUGUGAAUACUGUGGAUAAAGUUGAUGAACAAUCUGAGAUGCAGGUUGAUACCCAAAAUGAUGAUUCUGUAACAAAAAUAGAAUCUAUUUCGAAUAUAUCACCAUCUGAUAUACAAAUGGAGGACACAAAUAAUUCAACAAAAUCGGAACAUACCGUUGAAGAUGAUGC